UCAGCCACGAUUUCUCAGACUUCAUGGCUCAAAAACCUAGUUUAUAUGUGUUAUUUCUGUUCUUUAUUCGUUUUAUCGAUAACCCUCGAUUCGAUCACUAAAUCAAACUCCAUACUUGAACUUCUUGGAACGCGAAUUCAGCGAAAUCCGCAAGAAAUGGGGCUGAAAAAAUCGGCAAAAAAAAGGGAGAGAUUAAUUGCAGAGUACAUUUUCGCGUGUUGACCGUGACCUACGCAAAGACCGGGUCAAGGUCAAUCCUCAGGAGCACGCGCAAGCGAUAUGAAUGAUGCAGGCACUGGGUGCGAUGGAGCAAACCGUUGGCUGGGCGGCAGAGGAUGUGCCCGGGUGCAACGACCUGCAAUCAUUACUCGUAAGCAUCAAGCGAACUAGUACAUCAAUCGAGAGUGACUUAGACAGUGGUUAUCAGGAUGUCUGCUUGGAUAAUCAUUCAGCAACCCCAGCAACAUCCAAAGAUUCCCAGGAGUCUGACGCUGAUUCGACUGACAAAGACACUAAUUCCGACACUGAGUCAAUGAGACAGGCGAAGGACCGGAGGAUCCACGACGAAUCGGCAGAUGAGAAUGUGAAGCAGUUGUUGUCGGCUGCUAAUGAGGUAAACCUCUUACCAAACUGGAGUGAAUUGGAAAAAAAGGAGAGGCUAGAGGUGGUCAACGGUUAUAUUCGUCAAUAUUUUCCAAAUGUGCCGGAGAGUCUGGUGGCCAAUUGCUCUGGGAGUCUGCUAAUACCCGAUGACUCAGGAAAUCUACCGUCUGAGGUGCCAGAUUGGCUGGACAAGGAAAAGUUUGCUAGGGGUCAGUGCUUGGCGAGGAAAAAUAUAUUCGGAAUCUUUUUCUCUAACGGAUUGGCGUUGUACACUUUGUACUCGUUCGAGGACGGGCUCAAACCUGUGAUUAUGACUGGACGGUCUUCGGAUCCUUACACAUCUUUUAAACGGUUUCUGUCAACAGCGAAUAGAAUAAGAAAUUGGUUCACCACUGAUCCUUGGACAAAGGGAACGCCGGCGUACAACGAUAUGCAAGUAGUCAGGAGUUUGCACACUAGUGUUAGAAACACAUUGCAGAAGAUGUCUGUAUCAGAGAUCGACAGACUAGCGAAAAUAAAGGAUCCGAUGGCGGUGAGGACGGAUCUCCUGUUGAAGGACUUCAGGGCCUCUUGCCCAGCGCCCAAAGUUGGACAGUGUCCCUAUGCGAUUCCAGAGAUGAAGGGAAAACGAUCGAGGGGGCUGAGUCAGGGAGAAAUGGGACUCACGAUGUUCGGCUUCGUUGGGCUCCCGAUAUUGUUUCCUGAGGCUUUUGGAAUCCAUUACGCGAGUGAGAAGGAUCUUGAUGAUUUUUGUCACCUCUGGAGAGGAUUGGGAUAUCUUUUAGGAAUUUGUGAUGAGUUCAAUUUUUGUCGAGGAGGUUUAAAAGAAACCCGACAACGCAGCCGUGAUUUUCUAGACUUCUGGGUUAAGCCAAAUUUGAGGGAAUUCCGCCCUGAAUUGGAGCACAUGAUGAGAUGCGUUUACGAAGGUUUACAUCUCUACUUACCCGGCUCAUCAUACGACUCGGCAUUGUUAUACCUCGCGGAUUUGAUGGGUCUCCACAUGCCGAGAUUACGAGCAUCAAUGUCUUAUUCAUCCUGGUUUAGAUAUUAUCUCUCGAAAACCUUGUUCUACUACUUGUUCAAGUUCAACUGGAUAAAGUUGCGCUUGAAUAGACGAUUAAAUACUGUGAUAGAUCGAGCGUGUGCGUUCAACGAAGAAAAACAUGCAGAGUUGAGAAAAAAAUCGAAUGAAAUAGUAUCGGCAGUAUUGAAGAAUAGUCACGAUGACAAGUCUGGUGACUCCUACAGUACUAAUUUAUAGCACAAGGUGUUUCGCACGUGUUUGUACUUGUUCGAGAUAUAUUUGUUUCAAGGUUUUUGAUAUUUAAAAGAAAGAAGUGUUAUUGCAAUGUUUUUAUACUAAAUAGAAUAAUGCAAUUGUUUGAUUGCUGUAAAAGGUCUGUGAUAUGAAUAAAGGAGUUUGCUACGAAA